CUAAUGAACCUAGAAUGUAACCUGUGGGAAACGCUUCAUUUCGUUCCUACUAGUACUCAUAGCCUCCAUCUAUUUCAAACCCUUACCUCACCAUUCCCAGGCUGCCCUCAUCUUUUGGCGAUAGUCUCUUCAUAGUCCGGCACAGGCCCAGAGAGCACCAACCGCCAUGAGCCAAUCGUCCUCGUUAUGAUGUUCGCGCUGCCACCAUGGCAUCCGAUCCCCAGAGAGACGACCACCCGUCCACGGGCUCAGGUGCCGGUCCUUUCGUACUCCGCACCCUCUUUCCAGAUGUGCCGCUCUCCGAAGAUGGCACUAGAGAUGACAUAAAGAUCACCUGUGUCGAAUAUCUAGAUCGGAACCUAUACAUAGGCACAUCGGACUCGGAGCUGCUUCAUUUCUUCCAGAUCCCCGCAGACCCCGCCGACGAGUCUGGGGUCCCGACCUUUAUCCUCGCCUCGAGACUGCGCCCUGUCUUCGCCGAGUCUGCCGGAACCUCCAAUGCGACAAGACCCGGUGUCCAGCAGAUACUGCUCUUGCCAACCGUGGGUAAGGCCUGCAUCCUAUGCAACUGGACCGUCACCUUCUACUCCCUCCCGGAACUGAGCCCAGUGUUUGGCUCAACUCAAGUCAAGAAUUGCAAUUGGAUAGGUGGCAUAGAUCUCAACGCAGUGGGCGCCGAUUCGGAUCGACGAGAAGAAGGCGCGAGCGUCACUAUACUCUUAUCGUUGACCCGAAAGAUCCAAGUCGUUGCGAUAGACGAUAGCGCUCGUCCCAUCAAGAGGAUCGAUUUCGCCGGAAGCACUAUAUAUGUCAGGAGGGACUCGAUUGCCUGUGUGGCCGACUCGCGGGGCUAUGCCCUCCUCGAAAUCGAACGCCAGCUGAAAAUUCCUCUAAUGUCCGUAUCUUCGCUAGAUGAAGCCCAACCCGGUGACAUCCUCGGUCAGGCCCAGCAUAUCUCUGUGAGUUCGGGUGGGCUACUACGUAGCAACUCAUCCGCUCAAAGUCGCUCCCACGCGGCGGUUCCCGACCCUGUUGCGCAUAGGCGAGGAACUAGUCUAGGCGAUUUUAUUACAGCCGCUACGCGAAGGCCAGACCAUCACGGUGCGGAGGAAGACGGGUCUUCAUCCCAGCAGACCACUUCUACUCCGCCAGGCGAGUUAACCGGUGCGGAAACCCCACCGCCACUGGAUGCCGUGGCUGGCGGCCAAGCCAACCGAGCCGUCCCGCCUGCUAGGCCCCAGCCAGGUCUUCUCAAGCCGCUUAUCGUGUCCCCAACGCCGGAAGAGUUCCUGUUGGUUACCGGCACCGGUCCGUUAGAGCCGGGCAUUGGCAUGUUUGUUAACCUAGAUGGAGACCCAACGCGGCCGACAGUCGAGUUCGACCGGUACCCUAAGGAGAUCGUCGUCGACGGGGGUCCGACGGACGUGUCAUCAUCACCAACAUCCUCCAGUCCGGAUGAUGAGGGCUAUAUUCUGGCGUCGAUGGGGAGGGAUUUCCCGGAUGGCGUCCACUACGGUCUAGAGAUUCAACGUUGGGAUCUCGAUGUAGGCGAAGGUGAGCCGACGAAAUACUGGCUUGAACCGCCAGACACUAGUGUGUCGGCGGUUAUGCCGUCGCAAAGCCUAGGAAUCAGAUCCUUACGUGGGACCGAGAAGACGCACUUUCCAGAAAUUGUAGAUAGGCUCCGUCAGCGAAGAUUCGUGCCGUUCUCCUCCGGCAUCACAAAAGCCCCCUCAACUAUGUCAUUGAGGAGUUUCGACUCGAGGACGGCUCUCUCCGUCGAAAGAGUAUCUAAGGAAAAAGAACUCUUUGAGAGAGAUAACGAUUCCCAGAGCGAGGAGUCUCUGCCCGAUUCUUGGCAGGCGACUCGUAAUGCCGAAGAAGAAGAAUUCGCUCGUCGCCUUGCCGGCAGCACUACUCGUCUAGCUGUGUGGUCGGGGAAAAAUAUAUGGUGGGCUAUGCGAAAUCCUUUGAUUCUACAGUUGGAUGCACGGUUAGAAGCGGCGGCUUCUAUAAGUCAACCCUCUACUAAGAGACGAAAGUUGUUCACCAUCUUGAAUUCAUUCCGUGGUCAAGACGCGAAGUCGGAAUUGGAGUUUCUGACGUUCAACUACAUACGGCAGCGAGUGGGUCUUCUCUUGUUAACGAGUUUCCUAAAGUCGGAAGAGGCCCCCUUUUCAGAACCAGAACUUCGGGCAACGGAAGAGAUAUUAGUGGAUAGCCUCCUCGACCCUCGCGUCGUUCUCUCGCUCAUCCCCGGAGUCCGUAACGAGGUAAUCGAGACCAAGCGAGGAAUAUGGAUUUUUGGGGGUGUCAAGUCGACCGCCGAGGAAUAUAUCUCGGGUGGGGACUUUAGUGAGGAUAGCUCCCUUAUAGGGGCAUUAUCACAACCCGUAUUGCAUUUUCUAAGGCGUUUCUUGACCUCUUGGCGGGGGAAGAAGGGAUUCGGUAGCAUACCUGACGAAAACGAGGUUUUCAGGACAGUGGAUGCGGCUUUACUUGCCGUUCUUCUUGAGCUUGACCAGCACUCCACUACCGGGCCAGCCAAAGCCAAAUCCGUCCGCGCAGGCUUGUACGAGCUCGUAGAUAACGGGGUCGACUGUUUCAAUAGGGCGGAGACUCUGAUCGAGUCUUACCACCGUCUUUAUGUGCUCAGUCGGCUCUAUCAGAGCCGCAAGAUGGCGGCAGAGGUCUUGGCUACUUGGAGGCGCAUCAUCGAAGGUGAACGAGACGACGGCGGGGAAUUGACCGACGGCGAACAACGCGUACGCGAAUAUCUCACGAAGGUCGGCAAUCAUGCUCUCGUCCAGGAAUACGGCAUUUGGCUCGCGAACCGAAACCCUAAGCUCGGCGUACAGAUCUUUGCUGAGGACAGGAGCCGCGGCCCGAAAUUCGAUCCUAGCCAAGUUGUUCAGCUUCUUCGGGACGAGGCCCCCGAGGCAGUCAAGUAUUAUCUGGAAUUCCUCGUCUUCGGGAAGGGCCACACCAUCUACGUCAAUGAGCUCAUCACGUACUACCUAGACAUCGUGACCUCUCACCUUCGAACGUCAGCUGAGGCCCACGAGGUAAUGCUAGCUACUUACGCGGCCUAUCGCGCUCUUCAUCCUCCCAAGCCUACAUACCGCCAGUUUCUGACGGAAAAUGCCCCGGCCGAUGAUGAGGCGUGGCAUAGUCGAUUACGCCUCCUGCAGUUGCUCGGGGGAAGUUACGACUACGACUCUACGGCGAUCAGAGAACGAUUAUCAGGUUUGGACAGCGCAGGCGAAGAUCUGCUCGUGCCCGAAACGAUAAUCCUCGACGGUCGGGAGCGGAAUCAUGAGAACGCGCUGCGUUUGCUGGUCCACCGCCUAGGGGACUACGACACGGCGGUAGCCUACUGCCUUCGCGGCGGGGCGAGCAUCUACACGAUCUACCAGGCGCCGGCGCAGCAGCCGCCGCCGUCCGGGCCGGCGAGCCUCAAGGCGCCGCGGCGGCGGGACAGCACGCCGCCGACGCAGGACGAGCAGGCGCGCCUGUUCCGGGCGCUGCUCGGCGAGUUCCUCGAGCUCGAGGACGUGGGCGACCGCGUCGAGCAGACGGGCCUGCUGCUGGAGCGGUUCGGGGGCUGGUUCGACGUGACGGACGUGCUGGCGGCGAUCCCGGACAGCUGGAGCGUCGACCUCGUCGCGGGCUUCCUGGCCAAGGCCCUGCGGCGCCUCGUCGCCGAGCGCAACGAGACGGCCAUCGCGAGGGCGCUCAGCUCGGCGCAGAACCUCCGCGUCCAGCACGAUCUCAUCGUGCGGAUCGACGAGAAGGGGCCUAGCAUCGAGACGUAGUUGGAUGUAUGCUUGCGUGCACAUGUACAGAUACAGGACGACGAUGCGACUGGAAGUGCGUCUAAUAUCGUUGCGGGCCCUACUAUUGAGGGUAGCACUCUCUAUACGAAGAUCUACGAGCUGCGGAUCGACCGAAGGGGGGAGGGCGAUUGUUUUUUUCAGGAGAUAGCAUAGUUGGUCUAUCGUUGUUUCCCGUCCCCUCUCCUUCCCCUUUGUGACGUGAUGGCAUUCCACGAUCAAAGGACAGAUCAUAUUGGAGAAUAGCUUGCCUACUUCUCAACCCCCGAAUUUCGGUAGAGAAUUAACCUUCAGAACUAGAACUACCGCACAGUUCUUAAGAGAGCAAGACUAAAGAUACGACGGGAUAAGGGUUAACAGCUCAGACAACAAUUCUUGGUUGGUGAUCU